UCUCCUGGCAGCCAUCAUGAAGGGUACUGUCUCGAUCUGCUGUCUCYUCACCCUGCUGCUUUUGCAGGCCACAGCAGAGGUGGAAGAAUUUGAUUCUGUCCUAAGAGACAGAUCUCAUAUUGAUGAGACACUGCGGCUUGCAGCUGAGGAAAAAGCAGCAGACUAUGCCGCGGCUAUACAGAAGUUGCGGAAGAUCUACCAUACGUCCAUCAAACCGAUGGAACAGGCCUACAAGUACAACGAGCUGAGGCAGCAUGAGAUUUCAGCAUACCCCGGACGAACCCUGGGCGACUCGGCCACAGAUGGAGAGAUUACCUCCAAGCCCAUGGUGCUGUUCCUUGGACCCUGGAGUGUAGGAAAGUCCUCAAUGAUCAAUUACCUCCUGGGCUUGCACGACAGCCCAUAUCAGCUUUACACAGGAGCUGAGCCCACUACCUCUGAGUUUACUGUUAUAAUGCACGGGGAGAAAAUCCGCUCUGUAGAGGGUAUUGUCAUGGCAGCAGAUAGCUCUCGCUCAUUCUCUCCCCUUGAAAAGUUUGGCCAGAACUUCCUGGAAAAGCUAAUCGGCAUCGAGAUGCCUCACAAGCUGCUCGAACGCGUGACUUUUGUGGACACACCGGGAAUCAUAGAGAACCGAAAGCAGCAGGAAAGAGGUUAUCCUUUCAAUGAUGUCUGCCAGUGGUUCAUUGACCGUGCUGAUCUCAUCUUUGUUGUGUUUGACCCAACCAAACUGGAUGUUGGUCUUGAGCUCGAGAUGUUGUUCCGGCAGCUGAAAGGCCGGGAGUCACAGAUCCGCAUCAUCCUAAACAAGGCGGACAAUCUGGCCACGCAGGACUUAAUGAGAGUUUAUGGAGCACUCUUCUGGAGCUUGGCUCCACUUAUUAAUGUGACUGAGCCGCCUCGUGUCUACGUCAGCUCCUUCUGGCCGUAUGAUUAUGCCCCAGACACCAGUCGGGAACUCUUCAAGAGAGAGGAAAUCUCCCUCCUGGAAGAUCUUAACCAGGUGAUUGAGAACCGGAUGGAGAACAAGAUUGCCUUCAUCCGCCAACACGCCAUCCGUGUGCGCAUCCAUGCCCUGCUUGUGGACCGUUAUGUUCAGACCUUCAAAGAGAAGAUGAGCUUCUUCAGUGACCCAGAAUUGGUCUUCCAGGAGAUUGUAGAUGAGCCGGACAAGUUUUACAUUUUCAAAUCCAUUCUAGCCAAGACCAACGUCAGCAAGUUUGACCUACCCAACCGGGAUGCUUACCGUGACUUCUUUGGCAUCAAUCCAAUCGCCAACUUCAAGUCCCUGGCAUCUCAAUGUUCCUACAUUGGAGGCUGCCUAUUGGAUAAGAUCGAGAAGGCAAUUACCAACGAGCUGCCCGCUCUCCUGAGCAGCAUUAACUCUGGCAAGCAGCCCGGCCUGUCGUCCUGUGAGGUCACUGGUUGUGGUGAGAAGCCAAAGAAUCGCUACCGAAAGAAUUGAGGAACAUAAAAUAACUUGUCAGGAGGAAGAAUGGAGACAGAGGAGGUGAAGAGAAAGGGGGGUCUGGUGGGACCCAGCCCUGCUUUUGUCUGGACAUUUGUAUUGUUGAGGAGAUAUGGUGAGGAUUAAUGUUUGGGGGGGGGGGUUUGUCCUCAGGAGAAUAAGCUGAUAUGAUAGUGGGAGAAGGACGCCAUCGUUUGAUGCGGCAGCUUAAGGACACUAAUGCUGGAGAAAUGAGAACGUGUCUCUGAUAUCAAAGUAUAUUAAAACAUACACCCUUCUUUCUCUUAUGGCACAAAAUUUCUGGACUGUCUCACACCAAUGGGUUGGGAGGAUACUAAUGCAAGAAAAUGGCUAUCAACCAGCGAGUUGACAUAAAAAUGAUGACCCCCGAUGAUACCAGUUCCCUUCUAUGUGAAUCAAACAAAAGGUGGAAACAGAUAUAUGUAUAAGUAAAAAAUAUAGGAAUUUCAUUGCAGCAGGUCAAUUCCAAACUCUUCAGAGGUUGUUUUUGAAGUAGCCUUUCUUGUGGGUGCUAUGCAAAAGCAUUUAUGUCUGUCUGAUCAAAUGAUUAUCUUUGCAUGUUAGACUUUCCAUUUUUAUCUACCAAUACGUGUGUUUUUCUUUUGCCAUAAAGAAAAAAAACCCCACAUACAGCAUCAAACCGACCAUGCAUCAAACAAGGCCUUUUUUCUCUUAGCUUGGUCUGCUCAUCACUCUUGGUUUUUGAUGAUGAAGUAAGCAGAGGUCAAGGUUCAAGAUUCUUUGGAGCAGAGAUGGUUCAGUCUGCUACUCUUCUUAAAUAUUUUUUUUUUAUUUUUGAUUGUUUUGAAUCUUUAAACUGCCAGGUUUUGGUAGAAUUUUAAAAGUUUUUUUAGGGGUAUUUUGCUUCUCAUUUUUGUUGCUGAUUCAUCACAAUAGAAGCCGAAGAAGAUGUGCUUGAGUUACAGCUGUCUUUUUUACAUUUACUCUGCUGUUUUCUCUGCACAUUUA